CGAGCCCGUCCUCUCAGUUCCCUUUUUAGACAGAUUCCUUGGGCGACGAUUCUCCUUCUCUACACGAAAAUUAAUGGAGCCGUUUGAUCUUCUCCAAAAACGGUCACCUUGGUCCUUCGUUCAGGCCUUUUUAAUCACCGUCACAAACCACAUCGCUUGCUGAUCGCUUCAUCGUUUCUGUAGCAGCAAGUGGAGGACUAGGGCCGCCGCAGUACUCGUUAGUCAUGGCUAAAGCAUUGCUCUCCCUUUCUCUCCUCAUUUUCCUUUGCUUCAUAUCAGGAGAGCUUGUCAAGAUAGUACAUGCCCAGAAAACUUGGUGCGUAGCCAAGCCUUCGUCAGACCAGGCAACUCUGAUGGCAAACAUCAACUACGCAUGCUCUCAGCUGGAUUGCCAGAUUCUUCGAAAGGGCUGCCCUUGCGCCUAUCCAGAUAAUCUGAUGAACCACGCCUCUAUAGCCAUGAAUCUCUACUAUCAAGCCAACGGGCGGAAUUGGUGGAACUGCGAUUUCAGGAAGUCAGGCCUCAUUGUCGUGACCGAUCCAAGCUAUGGCAACUGCAGCUAUGAAUAGCAGCCGGUAUCGAAGGAGAAGCUGCACUCGCCCGUGGUCAUAAUAAGCUGCAAUCCUCUCGUGUGCUGGAGGACAAUCUGUCGAGUCUUCUUUGCAUCUUACAUUAGUUUUGCCCAAGUUUUAGUUGCUGCAAACAUGUGGGAAUGAAAGGUUUUCGUUAAUAUUUGUUAAGCCA